AUGCUCUUUCUGGCCGUUGUCCCACAAGUUUAUUUGCUCGGUGCGUUGCUCGCGAUUGUCGCCAACACUUGCUUCGGUGCCUCAUUUGUACUACUCAAUUCCUUUCUGCCUUUGCUUGUUCGCCAUCACCCCACCAUUCAAUCAACUCCGGUUCGUCGUUUGCUUGAUGGUGAUUAUGAUGAUGAUGAUGAUGAUGUGCAAUCUUCCAAUGCACUUGUCGAGCCUGAAUCUAACGAGAGUCUCCCGCCCGAUCUGUCACCCACAUUGCCACUACUUCAGGACGAUGCCACUGUGCCCAUUGACGACUCUCAGCUCAAAUCCUCAAAAAUAUCAGCAGAGCUCCAGUUAUCAACAAGGAUUUCCUCUAAUGGGAUUGGUAUUGGUUACAUCGGGGCGGUUAUUUUACAAAUAACGUCAAUCCUGAUCAUUGUUGCCACUGGCUCGACGACGUUCUCUUUGCGGUUGACUCUCUUCGGAAUUGGACUGUGGUGGCUGCUCUUUACGAUCCCAGCUGCUAUGUGGCUCCGCCCUCGUCCCGGACCGCCUCUUCCAAGCUCCGCUAGAGAUAGUAAAAUGUGGCCAUGUGUUAGUUAUAUCACGUACGCAUGGAAGUCCCUCGGGCGUACAGCCCUGCAGGCCCGCCAUCUCAAGGACGUUCUUAUCUUCCUGGCGGUGUGGUUUCUUCUUUCCGAUGGCAUUGCCACCGUGAGCGGCACUGCUGUGUUGUUUGCCAAAACCCAACUGGAUAUGAAACUUGCUGCCCUUGGCCUGAUCAACGUAAUAGCAAUGAUCUCGGGGGUGUGCGGCGCGUUUUGCUGGAACUAUCUCUCACGGCGACUACACCUUCGGGCCUCACAGACCAUCAUCGCUUGCAUUUGUGUUUUUGAGCUCAUUCCCUUCUACGGGCUUCUCGGGUUCAUCCCGGCAAUUAAACGGCUGGGUGUAUUUGGGCUCCAGAAGCCGUGGGAGAUGUACGUGUUGGGAGCCGUUUAUGGCCUGGUGAUGGGCGGGCUGUCUUCCUACUGCCGCAGCUUUUUCGGAGAGUUAAUACCGCCAGGGUUCGAAACGUCCUUUUAUGCAUUGUAUGCCAUCACCGAUAAGGGGUCGAGCAUUUUCGGCCCCGCGAUUGUUGGUCUGAUUACUGAUAGAUACGGAGAGAUUCGGCCCGCGUUUGGGUUUUUGGCGGUCCUAAUUCUCAUCCCGUUACCGCUGAUGUUACUGAUCGAUGUGGACCGCGGGAAACGUGAUGCUGCUUUCCUGGCCGAUGAGUUGGAAGGGAGGCGUCGGGAAACUUCAUAA